AUGGCGGAUGCGUGGUGAAAUAAUAACUUGACAGUUUGCUUCAAUUUAAAUGCAUGAAGCGCGCGAAUACUCUCGGAUGAUAAAUCAAGAAAAAUGGUAUUGUCUACAGAAGACGCAUUCGAAGCCCUAGAAUUACCAUAUGGGUCUGACUUUGACUCUAUAAGAACCAGUUACAAACGUUUAGCAUUGAAAUGGCACCCAGAAAAACAUAACCAUUCGCUGGAGUCAGUAAAGAAAUUUCAGUCUAUAAGUUUAGCAUUCAAAAAACUGUCCGGGGAGGAGGAUUCAGAUGAGGACUCCGAUUCAGACUUGAAAAUGGAUGACAUGUUGCACCAGUUUAAAGAGGUGUUUUUCUAUGAACCUGCAAGGGCUUUCAAUGGUUUUGAUUCAUCUGAUGAUGAUGAGAGUGAUGAUGAUGAUGAUGACGAUGAUGAUGGAUUUUUAUCAUCUCGUAUUUAUCCAAAUAGAGGAAAAAUCUCAGAUUCUAAAAGAUCAGAUAAACUCCCAAAACUCACAGAUGAGGAGAUUAAUAAAAAUGCCCAAGAAUUAAUAUCAGAAGAAGAAAAGGAAAAAAGAAGAGCAGAGAAACGAAGAGCGAAAAAGAAGAGACAACGAGAAAGAAAAAAAUUAGAAAAACAGGUUCAAAAUACAACAGAUGAUAAAAAACCAAGCCAAAAAAAGUCAGAUACCACAGACUCUAAAGGAAAGUCACAUAAAAAAGAUAAAAAACCUACGGAAUCCUCAUCAGAUGAAGAUGAUUUUGACCAGAAUUCCGCUUUUUUCACAAAAGUUGUAAAUAAAAAGAAAAAGGGGACAGGCACAGAACAACCUGUGGGAAGUAGAAAAGAUAAAAACAAAGAGAAGCAAAUGACACAAAGUAAAGGCAAUGAUGAAGAGACGGAAGAGCUAGAUCCUGUAGUAUUGCGAAGUCGCCAGCUAGCGAUUCGAGGAAAUGAGAUGGCUCAGUUAGGGCAUUACAGCGCUGCUAUAGAUUUAUUUACAGAGGCUAUUAAAUUAGACCCAAGUGAUUUCAGAUUUUUUGGAAACAGAUCUUAUUGUUUUGAUAGAAUACAGCAAUAUGAUAAAGCAUUGAGAGAUGCGGAAAAAGCCAUAUUAUUAUCUCCAGAUUGGCCUAAAGGGUAUUUUCGAAAAGGAAGAGCAUUAGCAGGCUUAAAGUUUAAUGCUGAUGCUGAACAAGCAUUUAUGCAAGUUUUAAAGCUCGAUAAAAAUUGUGAAGACGCUAUGCAGGAGUUAUUACGUGUUCGGACGCAACAACUUAUAGAGAUGGGGUUUUCUAGGCAACAGGCAGAGACAGCUAUAAAGCAACAUGGCACUGUGCAAACAGCAUUAGAUUCCCUUUUAGCCGUCGUGGCAGAAAAUUCCUUAGCAACUGAGGUAUAUAUGUCAGAUGACGAUGAUUUGACGCCCCACUCACCUGCCCCACCCCCUCCCAGACAACAGAUUGUCCCUCACAUACAUACAGCUUCUACAGAUACCAAAAUGGAUCCUUGUAACCCAGAAGGUCUGACAGCUCUGUGGGUGGGGAACGUUCUGCCUGAAGUCAGCGACAAAAAACUUUCACAGAUGUUUUCAAGAUACGGUGAGGUGACCAGUGUUAGAUGUUUACCCGAUAAAUUCUGUGCUUUCGUUAAUUUCAAACACAAAGACUCGGCUGGUCGUGCCAUGCAUGGUUUACAGGGUGUGGAGUGUGGAGGACAGCGCUUGCUCAUCAAGUUCCCCGACAACCCAAUUGUAAGUGGUGGAGAGGUGACACUACGGAAAAAUGCUGAUACAUCCUCCUCUUCUACUACUACUACUUCCCCUAGUAACAGUAAAAUCCAAGGCGUUAAGAAUUUGCCGAAACAGACUGGGCCUGUAAAUGGAGAUGAGUGUUAUUUCUGGAGGACGACGGGCUGCCAGUUUGGGGACAAAUGUCGUUAUAAACACAUACCAUCACAUAAGGGACUUGAUAGAAAACCAUGGCAAAAAGUCAAGUAGUCAAUGGCUAGUGUAGUCAUCAUCUGGCAAUAUUUUUUUUUUCUAUUUUAAAAAAACAAGAAAGAUGAAUAUCUGCAGAAUGCAGAGUAUACACAUUUCCUUAUGAAAUGUUGACAGGUUUUGUUUGAAAAUCUCACUAUUCUGGUGAUCAGCUGAGAGUAGAUGUCUGAAGGGAGAUCUGCAGUAUUACAUGUAACUUUUCUGACAAGGGUUAUUUCCCCUGUUUUUUUGCUCUCCCCAACCAGUUAAAUAAUUAUUUGACACACAUUCUGUGUUGUUUUUUUUUCUCAAGAUUUCUUUGCUCUUGUAAUUUUGUGAUAAUGAGUGUAUUGAUUUUUUUUUUUUUUUUACAACUAACUAAAGCAGCUGACUGCUUUCUGAUCCGAACAAAUCAAGUGUAUUAAGUUCUCGUACAAUUAGUAACCUGAACAUAAAAACUUCACUAAAGAAAGGUGUUGAAUUAUGUGGUAAGAAUUUUAAGCUUGACCCGCUCUGCACAGAUCCAUGCUUUACUGUACUCUGUAUCUAAUCCACAAGUCUGUAAACCCAAAUCAGCAUUGGAAUGUGGAAUUACUCUUGUUUUUGUUCAUUUUUGUUUUUUUUUCGUCCAAUAGUGCUGAUGUUUAAGGCAUGUGUGGUCCUGAUUCGGUUAUGAGUUGCCAUUACACUUUGUAGUCAUGCUCUCCUGAAGACAGACUGAUUGACAUUGAUUUAAUUUGUCUGAGCAUUUAUCUGUUACUUGUGCAUUAGCCCGGAAAAAAGAUGGCAAUGUUGCUCAUGCCUUUAGUUUCUCAUGGGUGAUAUUUAUAUUUUCAUGUGGCCUGUUCUACCUCCAUUUAGGCAGAUAUUUGGUGGCUUGAUUUUGAGAAAAAUGAAAUAAAAAAGCCUGUUCUGAAACAAUCACGUAGAGCCUACUUACAGGAAAUAUAAGAUCUAUUGAAUCAUGUAAUAAAUUGUAAAAUAAUAUAUCCAAGUAUCUGUGACCAGGCUUCUUAUUGGAUGAGGCUUUCAUAUCAGUUACAAAGAUAUGAAGUUUUCAGCAUUCUUGUUUAAGACUAUUUGCAAACGAUAUCUGAUAGAAACAUUCGAUUUUCUGUUGAGACCAUGGUAACGCAUCAUAUUGAUACGCACAUACUUUUAAAAUUAAUCCAGAUACGGCUUAUAGAUUUGAGUUUGUAUCAUUGCUAAAAGUAAUAUAAGGUUUCAAAAUAUCACACUAUAAAAUUAAGACCAUUACUAAAAGUACAAUGCUACAGGUAUAAAACUACAUAACUUGUAUGAACUUGAAAGUCGUGGUGAAAGAUGAUUCUCCAUUUUUGUCAAGCUCCAUAUGCAUAUAGGGUUUGGAAUACCUUUAAAACCUGUAUCAUUUCCCCAUAACUACUUUCCAUAUGAGAAUGAAGUGAACAGUGUCCAGAUGUCUAAAUGUUGCUGUUUUUGUUAUCUUAGAAAUGACCAUAGACCAUUAGGAUUUUGUGAGAGAGACUAUUUGUUUGUUUUUGAUUACAGCAUUUUGAUUCACGUCUUACUGAUAAUCUUUCUGAUCUCAGCUCAGUAUUACAAAGUAACAUAUCGGUGUUCGUGGUCUGAAAACGUCUAAAACUGUCAGUAUAUACAAUUCCAUGGUUGAUUUUAUGGUGCAAUCGUAAUUUCCACUUUGGCUUAUAUUUAUAUCCAAGGCAGUGGCGUGAACUUUUGGGCCACACGAUAGGAAAAUUCUGAACUGUCGAUCUCACAAAAGUCAAAUCUAGUAGCCGCCGAGUCGACAGGGUAGAUUGGAUGUGGGAUUUUCGGAGUACGGUCUUCCGCUUUGUGAGUGCCACUGCGCUUGUGUGUGAUAUCUGCAUGAUGUUACAGUUGGCGUCUACUUCUAGCCUCUCGCCUUUUGCUUAUCAUUUCCAUUAUGCACUUCCUUAUAGUUGUCCGCGCCAGGUAGAGCCACUUUAUUUGUGAAAUAAAAAGAAGUAAAGAAAGUAAAAUGGUCUGCUAAGAAGACGCGGCACGCCGACUCGACAUGGUUGAAACUUGAUCGGAAUGAUUGCUGGUAACAUCAUUUACGUACCAGUAUUACCUACAUCUUCCUCUGGACUGCCGGCUAAAAAUGAUGUGAACAUUUACAGGGAGAAGAGGGUUGCGUGGUCAUUGAAAUGCUUUCAUAGAGACACAUUACGUCGCUAAGGUGAUAUUAAGAGGACACCGAAUCCCUCCCGUCUUUGUUUUUAAAGUUCACUGGCCUCUAAGGUAUGAUAAAUAGUCAACCAGUCGGGGUUGUAAGAAUAUUACACAGAUGCUUUAAGAAAACCCCAGAGAUUAAAGUAAUGGAUUUAGGGCCUGCUAUUUAUUGUCGUUCACUGUCCCAAGCGAACAGAACUAAAAGUACAAAUAGCCUUCAUUGCAUUCUUUGUAUAAACAGUAUUUUGUAAGUUCACAAAUAUAUUAAGUUCAUCAGUUUGGAAAAGUCAUUUCAGCAUGUUUUAUCCGGUAACUGGUCUUCCGUAUGGCAUUUGUGAUAUAUCGCCAUAAAUCUUACAAAGUUGUGAUGGGCAAUGCACGUGGUUAAAAUAAUUCCCAUAGGUUAGGGAGGAAAUGGACGAAGUACCAGGGUCCAUUCCUCAGCCGUUUUCUGACCCGAGUGAAAAAUGUUAAACCAGCUUAUUGUUUUUGUUAUGGAAGCUAAAUCUUUACUCAUUUGUCCUAUCAUAACGCCGAUGGGGGAUCAAAAUUUUAAUUUCCAGGGUGUAAACAUAAGCUAUGAAGUCGUACUUUGACUGCUACAAAUUGAGUAAUGGCUUAGUGUGCCUCCAGGAGUGGCUUGGCUUCGGCAUAUACAUCUGUAGCACACAAAGAGCUCUGGCGUAAUGAAUUAAGGCGUGUCUAGACAGUAGUGAUCUUGAUAUACUAUAUCACAAAAUGGUUUGCCCAUUCUAGUCUCUGUUCUGCCAUUUUCCAACUUUAGGACGCAGUUUGGUCAGGUUAUGUAUGUUCGGGAAAGCUUUGGUUAGGUUUCGUCUCGCAGAGCGAAUUUUGUAAAGAAACGAGUGAUAUUUUGUACACGUCUUGCACAAGGUCUUAAACUGCUCUUCAGUCCGCAUAUGUUAUUCUUAGCUCAUUGGUUUUGCGAAUCAAAGUCUUCGAUCCAGAUUUUGUUUUUCUUCCAACUGUAUACAUUGUUAUUACUGCAUGAAGAAUUCGUUGUGUGGCGAAUUAAACAGUCUGGCAGUUCAAUGCCGCCAGGAACUGAUUUCCACAAAGCCAGUUGUCUCUUGUGUCAAAAUUUGACAGUAAUUUAUCGAUCCUAUGAGUUAAUAUAAAGGAAAACCUAACCUCUGUUAUGUUGUUAAAAUCCAAUUCGAACUUCGUUGUCCAUAAGCUAAAAUACACUGGUACUGAAUUUUUCAAUUUUGACCCAAGUCGAGAAUCGCUUUGUGGAAUCCGUCCGUGUAAUAUACAUGUUAAUUUGAGCCUUUUGUUAGCAAACUGAUAUUUCAUUAUACGUCAAAUAGAGAGGUCCUUGAAUGAAUUCUUAUACAGAACUUCCAAAUUGAUUUUGUGCCUAAUUUUUUUUUUUAUAAGAGUCAAUUACUGUUGCCAGUGACACGCGGGAGUCCAGAAAAGUUAUAUCCUGUUGUAAAAAUACAUGUUACUGAACAUUUGAAAAACCUUAAAAAAAAUACUUAAUAAAACCGUCUUGCUGUACAGCAAAGUCUAUACUAA